AUGCCGUGUGAAUCUGAGAUCCUGCACCACGACAAGCAGUAUGAGCCUUUCUACUCCUCCUUCGUUGCACUUUCCACACACUACAUCACUACUGUGUGUGGCCUCAUCCCCAGGAACCAGCUGCAGUCAGUGGCAGCUGCCUGUAAAGUCCUGAUUGAGUUCUCCCUGCUGCGGCUUGAGAACCCAGACGAAGCUUGUGCUGUUUCACAGAAACACCUCAUUUUGCUGAUCAAGGGGCUGUGCACGGGCUGCAGCCGCCUGGACCGCACAGAAAUCAUCACCUUCACAGCGAUGAUGAAAUCAGCCAAGCUGCCUCAGACUGUCAAAACCCUCUCUGAUGUUGAGGACCAGAAGGAAUUGGCCUCCCCAGUGAGCCCAGAGCUGAGACAGAAGGAAGUGCAGAUGAACUUCCUCAACCAAUUGACAUCAGUCUUUAACCCCAGAGUCUCUUCAUCACCAUCAAUCACAACAGAGACACAGGUGGAAGGAGAGAGCGAGGAUCAAGCUGCCACAGAUCAAACCUCUGCAACAAAGACCAAGAGCAUAUUCAUUGCUCAGAACGUGGCCAGCCUGCAAGAACUUGGUGGCUCUGAGAAGCUGCUGCGCGUGUGCCUGAACCUGCCCUACUUCCUGCGCUACAUCAACCGCUUCCAGGACGCUGUGUCCGCCAACUCCUUCUUCAUCAUGCCGGCCACCGUGGCCGAUGCCACGGCCGUGCGCAACGGGUUCCACUCGCUGGUCAUCGAUGUCACCAUGGCUCUGGAUACGCUGUCCCUGCCCGUGCUGGAGCCCCUGACGCCCACACGCCUUCAGGAUGUGACUGUUCUUGCUCUUAGCUGUCUCUAUGCAGGUGUGAGCGUGGCCACCUGCAUGGCCAUCCUGCACGUGGGCAGCACCCAGCAGGUACGAACCGGGUCAACGAGCUCCAAAGAAGAAGAUUAUGAAAAUGAUGCUGCUACUAUUGUACAGAAAUGUCAUUAUCAGAACUUCCAGCUGCUCGGGGCUUGGUGUUUGCUGAACAGCCUCUUCCUCAUCUUGAACCUCAGCCCCACGGCCUUGGCUGAUAAGGGGAAGGAGAAGGAUCCCUUGGCUGCCCUUCGAGUCAGAGACAUCAUUGCUCGCACUAAGGAGGGCGUGGGGUCUCCCAAGCUGGGACCUGGCAAAGGGCAUCAAGGGUUUGGGGUGCUGUCAGUGGUGCUGGCAAACCAUGCCAUCAAAUUGCUGUCAUCUCUUUUCCAAGAUCUGCAGGUGGAGGCGUUGCACAAGGGCUGGGAGAGUGAUGGCCCUCCAGCAGUGCUGGAUAUCAUGGCUCAGAGCACGUCCAUCCAGAGGAUCCAGCGGCUCAUAGACUCUGUGCCACUCACGAAUCUGCUGCUGACUCUGCUCUCCACUUCCUACAGAAAGGCCUGUGUCCUGCAGCGCCAGAGGAAGGGCUCCAUGAGCAGCGAUGCCAGUGCCUCCACUGACUCCAACACUUACUAUGAGGAUGAUUUCAGCAGCACUGAGGAGGACAGCAGCCAAGAUGACGACAGUGAGCCCAUCCUGGGGCAGUGGUUUGAAGAGACAAUCUCCCCCAGCAAGGAGAAAUUUUUGAGCCUAGCUUCAAACAUUUUGAACUUUAUCACUUCUUCUAUGCUGAACUCCAGGAAUAACUUCAUUCGCAACUACCUGAGCGUGUCCCUGUCGGAGCAGCACAUGGCCACGCUGGCCAGCAUCAUCAAGGAGGUGGACAAGGAUGGCCUCAAGGGCACGUCAGAUGAGGAGUUUGCUGCUGCUCUGUAUCACUUCAACCAUUCCUUGGUGACCUCAGAUCUUCAGUCCCCUGCCCUGCAGAGCACCCUUCUCCAGCAGCUGGGAGUUGCCCCUUUUUCUGAAGGUCCGUGGCCUCUCUACAUCCACCCUCAAAGUCUGUCUGUGCUGUCCCGACUGCUCCUGAUCUGGCAGCAUAAAGCCUCUGCCCAGGGAGAUCCUGAUGUUCCAGAGUGCCUUAAAGUCUGGGAAAGGUUUGUGGGCACCCUGAAGCAGAACGCCUUGCAGGGCACUCUCCCCGGUGACACAGAGGAUCUGAAUGUGGAGCAUCUCCAGCUGCUGCUGCUCAUUUUCCACAAUUUCUCCGAGAGGGGCCGCAGGUCCAUCAUGAUGCUCUGUAUCCAGACCAUCGUGGAGCUGACAGCAAACAUGGAGAGCCAGCAGUGCUCUGUGCCCCUCCUGGUGGCACGGCUGCUGCUGGUGUUUGACUACCUGCUGCACCAGUACUCCAAGGCCCCCGUGUACCUGUUUGAGCAGGUACAAUAUAAUUUGCUGACUCCACCCAUUGGCUGGGUGAGUGGAUCCCAGGACAGCAGCAGACGAACAUCUGUCCCACUUUACCAUGGCUUUAAAGAAGUGGAAGAAAACUGGACCAAACACUGUUCAUCAGACUCUGCUCCACAGCCCAGGUUCUACUGCAUCCUGUCUCCAGAAGCUUCUGAGGAUGAUCUGAACCGUCUGGAUAGCACGGUGUGUGAGGUGCUUUUCUCCAGGGCUACGAAGUACGACGAGCUCUACGCAGCCCUCACCUCAUUGCUGGCUGCUGGCUCCCAGUUUGAUACACUCAGGAGGAGGGAGAACAAAAAUGUCACUGCCCUGGAAGCCUGUGCCCUUCAGUACUACUUCCUGAUCCUGUGGCGCAUCCUGGGGAUUUUGCCUCCCUCCAGAAGCUACAUGCACCAUCUGGCCAUGAACACCCCUGAGAUGAGUGACUGUGACCUCCUGCACACCCUGCGCUGGUCCUCCCGCCUGCAGAUCCCCUCCUACGUGGUGUGGAUCAAGGAUCACCUUAUCAAGCAGGGCAUGAAGGCUGAGCAUGCUACUCCUCUCAUUGAGCUGACCUCCAGCAAGUGCAUCUCAGUGAAGUACGACGUGGAAAUAGCAGAGGAAUACUUUGCUCGACAGAUCUCUUCUUUCUGUGCUGUUGACUGCACAACCAUUCUCCAGCUGCACGAAGUCCCCAGUUUACAAUCCAUUUACACCCUUGAUGCUGCCAUCUCCAAGAUCCAGGUUUCUCUAGAUGAGCACUUUUCCAAGUCAGCUGCAGAAACUGAUCCCCAGAAGUCCUCAGAGAUAACCAAGAACCUCCUCCCUGCCACACUGCAGCUCAUUGACACUUAUGCUACUUUUACCAGGUACAGUCCGACCCUUGUCCAGAACUUGCCAUCAGCUGUGCAGACCCUGUGUGAGUCCUGGAACAACAUCCACACCAACGAGUUCCCCAACAUCGGUUCGUGGCGCAACGCCUUUGCCAACGACACCAUCCCUGCCGAGAGCUACAUCAGCGCCGUGCAGGCUGCCCACCUGGGCACCCUCUGCAGCCAGAGCCUGCCCCUGGCAGCCUCCCUCAAGCACACCCUGCUGUCCCUGGUCAGGCUCACCGGGGAUCUCAUCAUCUGGUCAGAUGAUCCCAACCCACCGCAGGUGAUCCAUUCCCUGCUGCCCCUCCUUCUGGAGAGCAGCACAGAGAGUGUGGCAGAAAUCAGCAGCAACUCCCUGGAAAGGAUCCUGGGCCCAGCAGACUCUGACGAGUUCCUGGCCCGUGUUUAUGAGAAGUUGAUCACAGGGUGCUAUAACAUACUGGCCCAUCACUCUGACCCAAACAGGUAA